AGCUGAGCUCGUAAACCUAGAAAUAUAUUUGACAGAUAAGGAACAAAUAAUAAUAAUAUGUAUCUUAUCUUUAAAAAAAUGUAAAUAAUUAUUAUAUACUAGAUAUCAGGUCUGAAUAUUAAGUGUUGAAAGAUACAUGAACCAAAUAAUGUUUAAGUAUUUCGGUUACAUAUUUAUAAUUUUGUUUCUUUUACAAUUUGAUUAUUAUUUUGCUCAACAUUCUAUUAGAGGGUUUGAUGACACUGUCCUCUUCGAUAUCAAUUGGGUCGGUAACAAUCCCCCUAAUUUAGAAUUAGAAAAUACAGAAUCAAUGAUAGUUACCUCGUCACAUCAAGAAAAAUUCAAAUGUUAUUUGCCCAAAAUUCAAGAAAAAAACAGUAAAGAGGGGCAAGAUAAAUACGAAGGCCCUUCUGCUUUGGAACUGAUUACUCCUCUGUUUAGUCAGUCCUUGUGUUCAUAUAGAUUAGAAUCUUAUUGGACAUAUGAAGUUUGUCAUGGGAAAUUUGUGAGGCAAUAUCAUGAAGAUCGUGAAGGAAAAAAAUCAAAACUUCAAGAAUAUAUUUUAGGCAAAUGGGAUGAAGAAGAACACAAAAAGUUAGUGAAGGAACAUCUACAAAGUGAAAAUGAAAACAUCCAAAUUCCAGUUAAAAAAAUUGAGAAUGUUAAUUUACCAUAUAUAGAAAUUUAUAUGGGAAAUGGAACAAUAUGUGAUUUGAACAAUAACAAGCCCCGUGAAAUAAGAGUACUUUAUGUGUGUUAUGCUCAUGGGAAACAUGAUAUAUAUUCUUUAAAAGAAACAUCAACUUGUCAAUAUGAAAUAAUAAUACUUUCACCACUCUUAUGUUCUCAUCCAAAAUACAAGCCAAAAGAUAGCGGAGAACACUCAAUAAAUUGUACACCAAUCGAAAGUAGUAUAACAAAACCAUAUAAUUUGGUGAAGUUAAAGGCUGAAAGUAAUCAACUCAGAAAACAAUCUCAAUUUGAAGGUAUAAGAAUUGAAUUAAUCGAUAUAACGCAAAGGGAAACCUUAAGUCCACCUGAAAAUGCAAUCACAGAUACAUCUCCUGUAGAGAAUUUUUUGGCAGGAAAGAACUGUUUGUCUGGAGGAACUGGUUGGUGGAGAUAUGAAUUUUGUUAUGGAAAAUCCAUUACACAGUAUCACAUUGAAAAAGAUGGGACUAAAGUAUCUAUCAAUUUGGGAGUUUUCAUAAAGGAUAAACAUUUAGAAUGGUUAAAGGAACAUCCACAUAAAAGACCUAAACCAAUCUCUCAACGAAAGGUGCUGUCUCACUUUUAUUCAAAUGGAGAAAUUUGUGAUAAGACUGGAAAACCAAGACAGACCGAAGUGAAACUUAAAUGCUUGGAGAAUGCUUCUAAUCUAAAUGCUGUUUCUCUUUAUCUGUUAGAACCAAAAUAUUGUGAAUAUAUUCUAGGUGUAGAAUCUCCUUUGAUAUGUAGAAUUCUAUCUAGAGUUGAUGAAAAUGGACUUGUACCCUUAAAUCCAUUAGAUAAUGUAGAUGGUGCUGGUGUUAUUGGUGAAUAAAUUGUUCCAUUUUA